AUGAAACAUCUGCCUUCCCAGUUCCCUUCCAUCCUGGUCAUCUACUGCUUCUGUAUGCUGCAGAUUCCCUCCUCAGGAGCUUCUCAACCUUUAGCUGAUUCUCCAGAUGGCUUGGAUAUUGUGGAGUUUGAGCAACUGGUAUACUUUCUGAACCAGUGGAAGAUACUUUAUAACCAACCUAAGGAAAACCAGGUUGUAUACAAAAGAUUUUUAUUUCAGUACUCCAGAACUCAGAAGCCAAAGCAUCCCACUAACUCUGAGUUUGUGCCCGUGCACCCCUUGAUGCGCCUGGCUGCCAAGCUCUCCAGCAGAAGGAUGAAAAAAUUGCCGCAUCCAGAUUUCGGGACUGCUACUGUGGACUUUCCUAAGAAGGGUUCCACUUCCACCUGGGGGCGGCCAUUUUUCCUUUUCAGGGUAUACCACAUUUUCUUCUUCUGUUUGUAA